AUGCUCAACUUGUUCGUGGCUGUCAUCAUGGACAACUUCGACUACCUGACACGUGACUCGUCCAUCCUGGGACCUCACCACCUGGACGAAUACAUCAGAGUCUGGUCCAACUAUGACCCCGGCGCCGUCGGCAGAAUUCAUUACACAGACAUGUACGACAUGCUGAGGAACAUGGAGCCCCCAGUUGGUUUCGGCAACAAGUGUCCGUACAGGCUGGCCUACAGAAAACUCAUCCGGAUGAACAUGCCUGUUGCUGACGACGGCACUGUCCACUUCACGACCACGUUGUUCGCUCUCAUCAGGGAAUCCCUCGGAAUCAGGAUGGGACCUGGUAUGAAAUAUCUCGACGAAACAUUUCAUCGUUUUUUUACGCAAAAAUAA